UAUUAUUGUACACAAGCAAGAAAAACUGGAGUCGAAAUGUUUUAUGUAUGAAUUGAACAAGUUUAUUUUUGUUGCUACUAGUUGUCUGUCUUUAUUACAUUGCAUAGAUUUUUUUUUUUUUUUUUCGUUUUUCAAUUUUAGUCACAACCUGGAGAAAAACUUUAUACAGGAGGCGCCCGAGGUGAAUACAUAAAACCAAAAUGGCGUCAGGUCAAGAGGGGAGGAAAUCUUAGUUCCAAUUAUUUUUUUUGUUUCUUGUUUUCUGUUUUUAUUACAUUGCAUAGAUUUUUUUUUUUUUUUUUCGUUUUUCAAUUUUAGUCACAGCCUGGAGAACAAAUUUAUACAGGAGGCGCCCGAGGUGAAUAUAUAAAACCAAAAUGGCGUCAGAUCAAGAGGUGAGGGAAUCUUAUUUCCAAUUUAAAUAUUAAAUGAUACAAAAUUUAUUCACUAAGUCAAAGCAUAACUUUUGGAAAUGUUAGCUGGUCAUUAAAACAUCAAGUAAUUUUGGUAGUUUGGUACUGUCAUUUGAACUGUAAAUAAGGACAAAGCCCCCAACCCCUCUAAUCUAGUGCCUUUUUUACCUCUUCUUAGCCCUUAUUAUUUAUUCUACCCUUCCUUAGCCUUAGACUUUGUUUAUCAUUUUUGAUUUUUUCAAAAUGUUUGGUUUUAUAAAAUUUAUUUUAUUAGGAUUUGGGGGAAAAAAAUUAAACUACUGGCACUGGUAUUACUACUAGAGACUGUUGGCAUAAAUUCCUAGAUUUAGAUGAUAUUAUUAUUAGUUAUACUUGGAAAUCUUAUAUUUUGGAAUUUAGGGAAAUAAAUUUAAUAUUAGUAAAUGCUAUUGACUAUUGUAAAUUCGAAGUGGCUAUUCGGACCCGGCUACCAUAAGUGAGAGGUUCGGAUUAAAACAUGUUAAAAAUAUUAUUGUUGGGUUUGUAAGAAGAGUAAGAUAAAAUUUGAUAUUGAUAUGCAAUGAAAUAUAAUUGAAUUUGAAUGAACUAUGUUUAUAAACUUAAUUCUUCAGUUUAACUUCAAUAAACCAAAUGACAUCCAAAUAGCAUUUAGUCAAUAUGGACCCGGAUAUGCAUCGCCUCUAUUCGGACCCAGUUCCCUUUAGACUAAAUGCUAUUCAGAUAUUUAUAUAUAAUGUAAUAUGGCCUAAUAAUAAUACAGGCCUAGGCCUAGCCCUAACCCAAUUUACUAUUUGUUGGACCUAUUAUGAAUUACAUAAUUAUAUGUAAUGAUAUUUUAGGCUAUGCAAUCAUAUUUUAAUAAUAUUAUUUUUAGGCAUUAACUAAAAAAAAACUGUAAACAAUUAUUCACUUACCUUUGGUAUUGAAAUAUCCUAUAGUUAAUCAAAUAUCACAAUAUUCCACAAGAGAAUUAUUUUAUAAUCCUCAAUGUGCUCAAAGAAAAAAAACACUUUCUGCCACAAUAAUCAAAAAAUUGCUUAAAAUAUUACUAAAGAACAAACAUAAAACCUUGUACUUACCUCAAUCAAAUUACAAGAACUUAUUUUAAUUUCUGUCAACUGCAAAAGUUGAUUCUAACAAUACAUGUUGAUUUGUGAAACAAAAUGACUGAGUUUAAAUAAAUAAAAUCCUAAUUUUUUUGUCAUAUUCAUAUGGAACUAAAAUACAUAUAUAGAAAAUGGUAAAAUAAAAAGUACAAUCUUAAAUUUUAACUAAAUGAAUCAAAUAUUCCCUGUAUUAUUUGUUUAUACUUAUAAAUGUUAAACAAUUCCACAGAAAAUUUUAAUAUCUAAUGAAUAUUAUUGUUAUUUUAAGUAAAAUUUAAAAGAUAUCUAAAAAAACCACUUAAUUUAAAACAAAUUAGAGUCGAGACAGCAUAUUUAAUAAAUUAUUUAUACAUUUUUAAAAAGGAAAAUUAUAGAAAUUUAAAGAAUAUAUUUUUUUGUAAUAUUAAUAGUAGCUAAAUUAAAAAUUUGAUGUUCUAUUUAGUAAAACACUUAUUUAACUAUAUUCCCAGUAUAUAUUAUAUUUUUGUCUCAUUUAUUAAUAAAGUUAUAAACGUAAAAGCAAAAGCAAAAUGAGGAUAAAAAAUGUGGACGGAAAUCCACUAGUGAAAAAGUGGUUUUGAGGAAUUUAUUUAAUAAAAAAUUCAUAACUUUUGAAACACACCCACACCCAUCAGUUUUCUUUUAGAAAUGUUAAUAUAUUUCGAUCUUGUUGACUAUUUCUUACCAUUAUUUUCAAAUUGCUCCCCUUUGGACCUAAGUUUAUUCAAGGAAACACUGCACUAUCUUAUGUCAUGCUACAUACUUAUUGCAUUAUUGGCUGUUCAGAACUCCAUUGGGGGGUGAUAAUACAUAAUUAAAGCUUAAUUAAGCUUAGUUAUUUAUGUCAAAUUUAUUACCUUUUAUUUUACCACACUCUCAGAAGCCCAACAGUGUUGCUAUCUUUUUAAUAAGUACUCAAAACAAUAAUUUUUAUUUUUGGUAUACCGAUUGCUACUGAAAUUAAUCAGUGAAUUGAAAUAAGAACUUAGCUUUUAAAAGUUGGAUUCUUAGAAGUGACAAACUAACGAGUUAAAAAAAACAGAAAAGUGCUGAAUAAUAAAAUAUACAACUAAGUUAAAAGUAGUUAAAAGUAGUAUUAAAUCACAAUGUGACUGUGUAAUGUCAAAUUGUGUUAAUUAAGUUUUGUAUUAUUUCCCAGACAAAAAAACUAAAGCAUUCACAGCCAUUUACUUACUGAUAGGAAUUCUUCACUUUGCAUACUUGCAACAUUUAUGAAAAUCAAAAUCACACUUAAAUUGUUAGUGGCUAAAAAUAUAGUUUAACAUUUUUUAAAUUGUUGGAACCAGCGGACUAAUCUCUUGUGUAAUUCCCUUAACAUGUAUAGUAAAUAUGAUUAUAAAUAUCAGUAAAUAGAGCAUUUAAUGUCUUGUUCAGAAACUAAAUAAUUUAUGAAAAAUUUGGGUAGGAUUAUCAGCAGUAUAUGCCCAAGUCAGCUAUUCUUUUUUUUAAUUUGAAAAUACUUUUAGGCCUAUAUUUAAAAAAUAUUAAAUUUCCAUUUUAUCUAACCCGUUCAGAAAAUAUCAUUUAUUAUACUGAGUUAAAUUAAUUAAUAUUUGUAUUCUCUUGUAAAGCAUAAACCAUGGAUGACUAUAUUAUACAUUCUAUUUGUACUUUUCAAUGAGUAUGGAAUUAGCUGAUUUAAAAUUACAUUUUCUAAUGCAUCAGGAUGAUGAGAUAGAAGCUCUUCGUAAAGCAGCCUUGGCAACUCUAAAACCAGUGAGUACAUUUUUCUAUAACUUUAAAAUUAAAAAUGUUUAAUUAUUUUUUUCAAUGCACCAACAAAAAAAAUUCAUAAAACAUUUCUUAAAAUGUAUUGCACUUAGAAAGUCUGUGCAGAAUGGUAGUAAGGCAUUCUAUGAAGCCAAAAGAUGGGAAUGAAAUGUAGAAAAAACUUAAAUGUUUCAUUUUUCUUUAAUUUUAGAAGAAAAAAAAAAUUGUUUCUUAUGUUUUGUAGUUCAUUAUUAAAGUGUUAUUUGCUUUCUCAUAUUUUUCUAUUUAGAAAACACAGCCCAUUCAGCAAGUGAUUACUAGUUUAUCUGGCAUCAAUCGAUUGCAUCAAGGUUCCCCUUGGCACGAGUUUCCAGUCAGUGUUGAUGUUGUUCCAGAGGUACUUAAUAAUGUGUUAACAGUUAAAAAGGUUCUAAAAAUUUUUCAGACUCCAUAACCAUGCUUUUUUUAUUACUAGUUCAUUUUUAUCAAAAGAUAUUUUCAAUUUCAAAGCAUCAAUACCAGCCUGAACCACUGCCGGAACCGGACCAUCUACCAUCCCUUGAUGUUUCUCUCCCACCUCCUGGGCAUGGAGUACAUCCACCUGUUAAUCGACAUCCUGUUUGGCACCAAUCUUUCAAUAAUGGGGUAUGUUGUUGGAUAUCAACAAAAUUUUGUUUUUCAUUUUUUUUUUUUGUGAAUGCAAACAUAAAAAAUAUGGUCAGGAAUAUCAUUUUAAAAUUGUUUUUAAUGUGUAAGGAAUACCAUGUAAAUUUAACAAUGAAAAUUUUUUAUGCAGAUGAUGUGCUUUAACUUAAAAUUGUUAUAGCAGCACUAAUGAGGGUUCAUUAAUUCAUUUCCCAGUUUCCCGGAGAUAAAAUUUUUCAUCCCCGAGGUUUCCCGUCUGACAGAAGAGUUUAUAGUACAAGAGCACCCCACAGAUCGUUUGGAGAUAGAGGUCGCCCAAUACAUGAUAGAGGAAGAUUCCCACGCAGAGGUUACAUAUCUGAGAGAGCUAGAGGUUUCUUUGGGGGUAACAGAGGACGAGCUUUAGGACAACAAGGUGUUCCUUACACUGGUUUGGAAACAGAAGCUGCAGGUGGAAAUUUAAUUGUUAUCAAUCCAAAAACAGAAGAAAAAAUGGAGAAUAACAGUGUAGGGAAUGCCACAGUUUUCUCAAAUAAUACAAUAUCUUCAAAACAACAGACGGCUUCAAAAUCUAAGUUGGUUUUACCUCAGGAUAAAUACCACUUAUCCACUUCAUCACCAGCUGCUGCCAAUGAACCUUAUAAAGAAAAUUCUCCAACUUCAAAACCAAGAGGUAUAUUUUUUUCCUCCAGCUAAAAUACAAUUAAUCUACUAUUUAUGUAAGUUCUAACUUUUUAAUUUAUUUUAUUUUUGAAAUUCUGCAUUAUUGUCAUGCAUAACUGCAUAAUAUAUAAUAAGCUACAAUUAAUUGGUAAAUUUAUUCCUGUCCAAAAACAACUAAAACUGGAACUUCUAAAAGUAUAGAAUUUUCAUCGGUUGACAAAACUUACAGAAUUAAUCAAUAUCAAGCAUGGACAUGCUGUUACUAUUCAUCCUGCCUUUCUGUAAUUAUGUAAAUGCUAAAGUGUGGAGAAGAUAGUAAAAGUCAGUGAGGUUUUUUAAAAACAAAUAAUUUAUCACAUGCAGAAAAGAUGCUCAUUAAAAGACAAUAAUUGUAUGAGAUUUCAUUAGCCAAGUCUGCCAGCAAAUUUGGAAUAAAUUUAAACAUAGAAAUUAGAAAUACCUUUUUAAAAAGCAUUUUUCAGCUCUAAAGGAAUGAAAUGUAAGUCAAAAUUACUACUAAUAAACAGAAAGUAAAAAAAGUCGGAUGUUUGUAAAAAUUUGACUAAAAAAAAACUUUUUCAUAAGAACAUUUACAAAGUAUAUCAUUUCAUAGCUUUUGUAAAGUAAAGCUAACUGUCUCCUUGGGAUUCAAUAAUUUUAAAUAAUCUCAUAUAGGUUGAUAUUUGAUAAGAAAUAUUUUGUAUUUCAGACAAGUUCAGUCGUUAUAAUGAUAGUGGAAGUGAAGAAGAUGAUGAUGACUGGCUUGACACAGACCAUGAUGGGGAUACCCGUGUUGUUGAUAUUGUGCAGCAUUUAGAGAUUAAUGAAGAUUUAACGGCUAUGGAUACCCCUUUUGAAGUUGAAGUUCGGAAAUUGGAGUUCUCAGACAAUGAAGAAGAUGAAAAUGAAAUAGUGCCUGAAGUGAAUUCUGGAGUUAAUUCUGUGAUUAGUGAUAAUGAGAGUAUAGAUCUUGAUGUCCUUGCAGAAGAACCUUUGUUAGUAGAUAAUAUUAUUGAUAAUAAUAGUGUUUCUUUAGAGGCAAAAGCAAAGAGUCCUGACAACCAUUUAAGUUUACCAUUAGAUAUUACAGAAGAAAAGAAUGAUGAGGAGAUAGAUAAAAAUGGUGAAGCAAUAAACACAGAGAAAACAACAGGCUAUGUAAAAGAAUCAUCAUCCUCUUCCUCAUCUUCAUCAUCAUCCUCAUCUUCCUCUGAUUCUAGUGAUUCCUCAAGUGACGAUGAAGAUGAAGAUAAGGUUUUGGAAAAUGAAAAAACUUCAGAUAAAAUCUCUGGUGGCAUAGUUAUUUCUAGUCCUGUUCAAUCUCCUGUAGAAAAAUCUCCUCAAUUAAAUGAAGGACAGAUACCACUUUCUUUAUCAAAAGAAACUGUACCACUAACUAUCAACCAGGUAACUGUUUCCUGUGAAAAGUCUGAUUUAUCUCCUAGGCCAUUAUCACCUCAAAGAACUUCUUCAAAUAUGUCUCCAUUGAUGCAGACGAAAUCAUCCUAUCCAGGUUCUCCUCCAAAUCAAUCACCUUGGUCUCCUGUUAGAUCAAAAUCUCCACUUUCAUAUAGGCGCAGAUCAUUAACACCAAGGCAGCACUCACCACAUACGAAAUCAAUAUCUCCUGGCUCACCAAGGCAAAAGUCUUUAACACCCCUACAUCAGUUUUCACCUAGACAGAGAACCCUAUCACCUAGGUCACCCAGAAGAAGAUCAUUCUCUCCUCAUAGGCCACCACUCUCUCCAAAGCAGCAGUCCGGAUCACCUCAUCCUCUUUCACCUUGGAAAAAAUCUUUAUCACCACGCAGGCAUCUAUCUCCUAGACAGAGAUCUACAUCAUCACCACACAAAACUGUUUCUCAAAGAAAAAGGUCAAUAUCCCCAUAUAGACAGUUCUCUCCAAGACGUAGAUCCAUUUCGCCACUAUCAAGAGUUUUAUCUCCAAGACGUAGAUCAGUCUCACCUUUUAGAAGAGCAAUCUCACCUCCUAGAAGAGCAGUAUCACCGAGGCGAAGAUCAGUUUCACCAUCUCGUAGACCAGUGUCCCCAAGGAGAAGAUCAGUUUUACCACAUCGUAGACCCAUUUCCCCGAGGCGAAGAUCAGUUUCCCCACCCCAUAGACCAGUGUCCCCAAGGCGAAGAUCAGAUUCACCAUCUCAUAGGCCAUUGUCCCCAAGACGAAGAUCAUUUUCACCUACUCGAAGGAGAAGAUCUAUUACCCCAUCUAUUAGACAUGCGUCCCCACGGAGAACAUCAGUUUCUCCACUGCCAUUUAUAUCCCAGAGACAAAGAUCCAUAACACCACCAAGAAGACCUUUGUCCUCUAACAAGAGAUCAGUGUCACCACGUCGACAUCCUAACUCGCCUACAAUGGAUGAAAGAAGGGGAGUUAGAGGAAGAGACUACAGAGGCAAAAAGAAGGACGAUAAUAGAAGAAUUGAUCGAAAUUGGCGCAAUCGAGAUGCAGAUAAACCUUUCUUAGCUAAAGUUCAAGGUGAUAAGAACAGAAAUUUUCACAAGGAUCAUGAGUUAAAAUAUCGACGUUCAAGGUCUCAAGACAAGAAAUUGUCAGAAUCUUCAGUUCCUUCAAAAGAUUGUCCUGGAAGACAUAAAAAAGUAGGCUCUAGAUUGGAGAGAUCAAAGUCUAAAGAAGCAAAGGCAGACGAGCUUUCCUUGCCUCAGUUUGAUUUGGAUAAACUACCUGCAGAGGAAAGAGCUAAAAUUGAAGCCCGUGUGAAAAAAUUCAGUUCCACAGAGGUCAAAAUAGACUCCGCUAAGAAAGUUUCACUUAAGAGUAUCAAAGAACGCUCAAAAAAGCGAAAAAAAUCUAAAGAUCAUGAGUGUUCUGAUGUGAUGAAUGCUAAACAUGCAAAAAAGAGGCGGGAAACUGGAGAUACUAUUUCUCAGAUGAAAAAAAGAAAAGAUUCUGUAGAAAAUAA